CCGCCGCCGCCGCCCCUGGAUUCCGGAGGCGAAGAAAGCUCAGCGAAGAAUAUGGACGUGACUAUCGCCCCACUCCGCGCCUGGGACGAUUUCUUCCUGGGCUCUGACCGCUUCGCCCGGCCAGACUUCCGGGACAUUUCCAAAUGGAACAACCGCGUGGUGAGCAACCUGCUCUAUUACCAGACCAACUACCUGGUGGUGGCUGCCAUGAUGAUUUCCGUGGUUGGAUUUCUGAGCCCAUUCAACAUGAUCCUUGGAGUAAUUGUGGUAGUGCUGGUGUUUACCGUGUUUGUGUGGGCAGCCCACAAUAAAGAUGCCCUUCGCCCGAUGAAGAAGCGCUACCCCACGACGUUGGUCAUGGCAGGCAUGCUGGCUAGCUACUUCCUCAUAUCCAUGUUCGGGGGAGUCGUGGUCUUUAUGUUUGGUAUCACUUUUCCUUUGCUGUUGAUGUUUAUCCAUGCAUCACUGAGACUCCGGAACCUCAAGAACAAGCUGGAGAAUAAAAUGGAAGGAAUAGGAUUGAAGAAGACACCAAUGGGCAUUGUUCUGGAUGCCCUAGAACAGCAGGAAGAAAGCAUCAGCAAAUUCGCUGACUAUACCAGCAAAGUGAAGGAAUAAACCUAGCUUUCCUGGUGAUAGGUUUGCAGCAGAAAUUGAGUUGCAGUUUGCCCCUCUCCAGACCUACUUUCUGCUUGUAUUUUUGAAAUAGGAGGUGCACGUACCACCCAACUCUUUAUGGCAGCAUGUGUGUAUAGGCCUAACUGUUAACAUCUCUGAUGUUACAGAGAGAAGGCCUCAGAAAAUCAAAAGGAAACCAUUCUCCUAUUGUGUCUGAAGUUUCAAGUGUGUUUGUGAAAUCUAAUGGGAAAUAGAUCAUUUCUUUAGGGGGAUAAAAGAAUUAUAGGUUCUACAGCAACAAUAGUAUUAUCCUAUAGGGAAAAGAAAUCAUUGUAAAGUAUCAAGGCAAUAUGAGUAAAUGAACAGAUUGUUACAGUAGAUGAUGUUAAGUUUAGCCUGUCUCUAAUUCCCUCCAGCAUCCUCCUCCCAAAAUAUCUCUUAGGAUCAUAAUAUGGGGGUAUAAAUUAGUUUAGUUUUUAUUAUUACUCUUUUAAAAUCAAAGGUGAUUUCUCUCACUUUUCAGCCUGUUUGAUGUGCAGUGGAAACUGGAUAAGCCAGUUAUUGAUACUUUGUUUACACAUGUGAAGAUUGCUGUUUAGAAUAUUUUGUUAAAUUUGUAAAUUUUUGAAAUGCUAGUAAUGUGUUUUCACCAGCAAGUAUUUGUUGCUAACUUAAUGGUCCUUUUCCUUAAGAAGGUUACAGCUGUGUAACCGGUAUUACUCUUGACAGACUUGUUAAAAAAAAAAAAGACAAAAAAUAAAACAAAACUUGAGUUCU